AUGGAGACAGAGACUCGGUCUCGACCCGAGCUGCGUCCAGUUUGGACCGGCCGCGGCGACCAAGCCCACCCUUCUCCUAGGACCGCCGCGCUCUCUGCAACGAGCCCCCUUUACUCAGCCUCUCUGGACUUGCCCAGCCCUAUGCACCCAAUGUCCCCCGGCUACGACCCUAUGAGAGCGCACGAGCGAGCUCUGGUGGAUAAGCUGGACCGGUUCGACCAUCGGGGGAGGCGCGAAUCGCAACUGUCGCCAACCACCGCCCGCUCGCUCUCCCCGAUAUCCGAGCAAACUCGGGAGGCCCGGCGCGAUUCUACCGCUAGCCUGCCCUUGCCCCGCGCCCCGGCGCCAUCCCCGCUGUCUCCCACGCUCAUGAAAUACACCGGCCCGCAGACCCUCGCUGCCCAGACGAGAGAGAUCUUGCUCGGGGGGUUACCUGAUGGGCUACCGCGUUCGCCGUUAGCAUUCUCCAACACCAGCCCCAUCCACGAGCGCCGCCAAUCGCUCCCACCACCGUACCUUAGUGGCCGGCGCAGCAGCCAGCAGAUCCGAGACGACCUCCAACAACGGGGUCAUAAAUAUCACGGCAACAGCCUCGGCGCCGACUUUUUCGUGUCAGCCGUUGCUCUUCGGAGAUAUAGUGACAGCUCCUUGACGGACGACGACAGGGCACCCCUGGAACGGUUGUCCGAAGGGAACCGCCAGUUCGCCAUCCGUGCGGAGUCCUGGGCUAAGACGGUGGCACACGUUUACACCGGUCAGGGAGAGCUGACCGAGGAGAUCAAACAAAACAUCGAGUACCUCGCCGGUAAAGUGUGA